CCUUUCAAAUAGAACUGCAACAGGAAAGCAUCUGGCUCAUCUAAGGGUCCUGAUUGGGUCUUGUGAAUGCUAGUGUGGCUGUGGUCAGAUUUUGUGCAAAUGUUUGUUUUGAGGGGAUUUCAGAAAAACUCAGAUCUGAGAAGAACCGUGGAGCCUGAAAAAAUGCCGCAGGUCGCGGUUGAUGUACUGCAGAGAAUGCUGAUUUUUGCACUUGACACUUUGGCUGCUGGAGUACAAGAGGAGUCCUCCACUCACAAGACCGUGAGGUGCUGGUAUGUUCCUGAGGGUGGCCUGCCUGAGUGUACUGCAGGGGGUUCCUGCCAAAUUAAAGAGCCAAGAUAUUUUAAACACUUCCAGAGCUUCAGCACUCAUGAGCACACUUCCUCUGCCAGUUAUGAUAACGUGUGUGAGGAGGAAGCGACCAUAGGAAAGCCCUGGGAAUGCUCUGGUCAGCCUUUUCCCCGUGAGGAUGAGGUUGGAAGGUUCGGCGUGUACAGUGGACAUAUGCUCGGCAGUGUCAUCUCCACAGAUUCUCCGAAGAGGUUCUUCAGUCACACGCUGACUCAGAUACUCACUCACAGCCCUCUGCUGAAAGCAUCUGAUGCUGUUCAGAUGCAGAGAGAGUGGAGCUUUGCGCGGACGCACCCUCUGCUCACCGCACUGUACCGCAGGCUCUUUGUGAUGCUGAGUCCAGAGGAGUUGGUUGGCCAUUUGCAAGAAGUUCUGGAAACGCAGGAGGUUCACUGGCAGCGAGUGCUCUCCUUUGUGUCUGCACUGGUUGUCUGCUUUCCAGAAGCGCAGCAGCUACUUGAAGACUGGGUGGCGCGUUUGAUGGCCCAGGCAUUCGAGAGCUGCCAGCUGGACAGCAUGGUCACUGCGUUCCUAGUUGUGCGCCAGGCAGCACUGGAGGGCCCCUCUGCGUUCCAGUCAUAUGCAGACUGGUUCAAGGCCUCCUUUGGGAGCACACGAGGCUACCAUGGCUGCAGCAAGAAGACACUGGUCUUCCUGUUUACGUUCUUAUCAGACCUCGUGCCUUUUGAGUCCCCCCGGUACCUGCAGGUGCACAUUCUCCACCCUCCCCUCGUUCCCAGCAAGUACCGCUCCCUCCUCACAGACUACAUCUCAUUGGCCAAGACACGGCUGGCUGACCUCAAGGUUUCUAUAGAAAGCAUGGGACUCUAUGAGGAUUUGUCAUCAGCUGGGGACGUUACUGAGCCCCACAGCCAAGCUCUUCAGGAUGUUGAAAAGGCCGUCAUGGUGUUUGAGCAUACGGGGAAAAUCCCAGUCACCGUCAUGGAGGCCAGCAUAUUCAGGAGGCCUUACUACGUGUCCCACUUCCUUCCUGCCCUGCUCACACCUCGAGUGCUCCCCAAAGUCCCUGACUCUCGUGUGGCGUUUAUAGAGUCUCUGAAGAGAGCAGAUAAAAUCCCCCCAUCUCUGUACUCCAGAUACUGCCAGGCCUGCUCCGCUGCUGAAGAGAAGCCGGAAGAUGCAGCCCUGGGAGUGAGGGCAGAACCCAGCUCUGCUGAGGAGCCCCUGGAACAGCUCACAGCUGCACUGGGAGAGCUAAGAGCCUCCAUGACAGACCCCAGCCAGCAUGACGUUCUGUCGGCACAGGUGGCAGUGAUUUCUGAAAGACUGAGGGCCGCCCUGGGCCACAAUGAGGAUGACAGCAGCGCUGAGAUAUCAAAGAUUCAGCUCAGCAUCAAUGCGCCGAGACUGGAGCCACGGGAACACAUGGCUGUGGACCUCCUGCUGACGUCUUUCUGUCAGAACCUGAUGGCAGCCUCCAGUGUCGCUCCCCCGGAGAGGCAGGGCCCCUGGGCUACCCUCUUCAUGAGGACCAUGUGUGGACGCGCGCUCCCUGCAGUGCUCACCCGGCUCUGCCAGCUGCUCCAUCACCAGGGCCCAAGCCUGAGUGCCCCACAUGUGUUGGGAUUGGCUGCCCUGGCCGUGCACCUGGGUGAGUCCAGGUCUGCGCUCCCGGAGGUGGAUGUGGGUCCUCCUGCCCCUGAUGCUGGCCUUCCUGUCCCUGCCCUCUUUGACAGCCUCCUGACCUGUAGGACGAGGGAUUCCUUGCUCUUCUGCCUGAAAUUUUGUACAGCGGCAAUUUCUUACUCUCUGUGCAAGUUUUCUUCCCAGUCACGAGAUAUUUUGUGCAGCUACUUAUCUCCAGGCCUUAUUAAAAAGUUUCAGUUCCUUGUGUUCAGAUUGUUCUCAGAGGCCCGACAGCCUCUUUCUCAAGAGGACGCAGCCAGCCUUUCCUGGAGACCCUUGUACCUUCCUUCCGCAGACUGGCAGAGAGCUGCCCUCUCUCUCUGGACACACAGAACCUUCCGAGAGCUGUUGAAAGAGGAAGAUGUUCAUUUAACUUACCAGGACUGGUUACACCUGGAGCUGGAAAUUCAACCUGAAGCUGAUGCUCUUUCAGAUACUGAACGGCAGGACUUCCACCAGUGGGCGAUCUAUGAGCACUUUCUCCCUGAGUCCUCUGCUUCAGGAGGCUGUGACGGAGACCUGGAGGCUGCGUGUACCAUUCUUGUCAACGCUCUGAUGGAUUUCCACCAAAGCUCAAGGAGUUAUGACCGCUCAGAGAAUUCCGAUUUGGUCUUUGGUGGCCGCACAGGAAAUGAGAAUAUUAUUUCCAGAUUGCAGGAGAUGGUAGCUGAACUGGAGCUGCAGCAGGACCCCUCGGUGCCUUUCGGCCACACGCCUUCCCAGGGGCACUUCCUCUUUGGGAUUUUCUGCAGACGACUCCAGGCUCUGACAGGCGGUUGGAGCGUGGCUGCCAGCCUUCAGAGACAGAGGGAGCUGCUCAUGUACAAACGGAUCCUCCUCCGCCUGCCUUCGUCUGUCCUCUGCGGCAGCAGCUUCCAGGCCAAACAGCCCAUCACUGCCAGAUGCAAGCAGUUCUUCCACUUGGUCAACUCUGAGAUGAGAAACUUCUGCUUCCACGGAGGUGCCCUGACACAGGACAUCACUGCCCACUUCUUCAGGGGCCUCCUGAACGCCUGUCUGCGGAGCAGAGACCCCUCCCUGAUGGUCGACUGCAUAUUGGCCAAGUGCCAGACAAAAUGCCCCUUAAUUUUGACCUCUGCUCUGUUGUGGUGGCCAAGCCUGGAGCCUGUGCUGCUCUGCCAGUGGAGGAGACACUGCCAGAGCCCACUGCCCCGGGAACUGCAGAAGCUGCAAGAAGGCCGGCAGUUUGCCAGCGAUUUCCUCUCCCCUGAUGCUGCCUCCCCGGCACCUAACCCGGCCUGGCUCUCAGCUGCUGCACUGCACUUUGCGAUUCAACAAGUCAGGGAAGAAAACGUCAGGAAGCAGCUAACGAAGCUGGACUGCGAGAGAGAGGAGCUAUUGGUUUUCCUUUUCUUCUUCUCCUUGAUGGGCCUGCUCUCGUCACAUCUGACCUCAAAUAGUGCCACGGACCCAUCGAAGGCUUUAGAUGUUUGUGCUGCAGUCCUCGAGUGUUUAGAGAAGAGGAAGAUAUCCUGGCUGGCGCUCUUUCAGUUGACAGAGAGUGGUGAGGAACACUGCUGAGGCGCGGACGCGGAGGGCUGCUCUUUUCAGAGGCAACUUUCAAAUGGUUAAGGACUAGCCCUCCUGGAAGUUCACUCAUUCAUUUUUAUGACUUUAUCUUUUUGCUAAGUUUAUGGCUCCAUUUCAGUUGGGACAGAUUAAGUACAAACGUGUAAGAUAAUUUACUGGCUCACUGGUCAACCCCCAGGACCAAUGGCCUAUCGUGGGGACUGCCUCUCUCUGCCCCACACCCCCAUCCUCUCCCAGCUGCUGACGGGUGCCCGGGUAUCCUUGGCUCAGGCUGUUCACCCUGCACCACCCCCACAGCCAGGCCUCCCAGGGUACACGUCCCAACCCCCAGGGGUGUCCCCCAGCACUGGUAACAGGCGGAGACGUCCAGAGUUGCCUGAGCCACCUCUUGCUGUUGCAGACCUCAGGCUGGGGCGACUCCUCCUCCGCGUGGCCCCGGAUCAGCAUACCAGGCUGCUGCCCUUCACGUUCUACAGUCUUCUCUCCCACUUCCACGAAGACGCGGCCAUCAGGGAAGAGGCCUUUCUGCGUGUUGCUGUUGACAUGUAC